AAUAGUAAUAAUAAUAAUAAUAAUGUAAAUAUAAAAUCUAGUUCAUUUAAUGAUAAAAUACCCAUUGAUAACCAUAGAGAUAAUAUAAAAGGCAUAAAUAAUAUUAAUAAUAAUAAUAAUAAUAGUAGUAGUAGUAAUAGUUGUUGUAAUUAUAAAGCUACUAAUAUAUACAAAUAUAAUAAUAACCACCUUAAUGAUAGUAAUAAAAAUACUAAUAAUAUUAUUAAUAUGAAUGAAGAUUAUUAUAAUAAAUUCACAAAAUUAGAAACGAAAAAUGAGAACCAUGGAGAUAUUAAAUUAGAAAGUGAUUAUCAAAAUAAUCAAGAUAUUGAAAAUGUAUUGAGUGAUCAUAAUGAAAUACAUCUUCAUGAACAUAAUAAUAAUAAUAAUAAUAAUAAUAAUAAUUGUUAUAGUUAUAUUUAUAAAAAUAAAAAUAAUACAUUAGGAGAGUCUUUAAAGCAUCAAGAAGUUAAUACUUCUAUUUUUUCUUAUACUAAUAAAGCAGGUUUCAAUAAUAAUAAUGAAGUCAUAAAUUUCUUAAGUGAUCAUAAUUUAGAGGUAGAAGUUAAGAACGUGGUGUUACCUUUGUCGAGUAACAAAAAUGUUUGUGAUAUUAUCAAUAAUUAUAAUGAUAGUAUGAAUAAUAUAAAAAAUAUGGACAUUACUACAAAUAAUAAUAAUAACAAUAAUAACAAUAAUAAUAAUAAUAAUAAUAAUAAUAAUAAUAAUAAUAAUAAUAAUAAUAAUAACAAUAGUAGUGUUAGUAAUAAUAAUCAUUUUGAUGAUCAUCAUAAUAG